AAAGUAUUAAUAGACGAUCGAAUAUGGUGCGCUCCGUACCGCGAACUUGGUCUGCUCGGAACAAUAUUCGAUGGUGUGUACAGCGGUCCGCCGGACAAUAUUAUUAUUAUUGACGGUGCGGUGGUUCGAUGAUUCUCCCAAAGGAUAUGGUGCGGUCCGCACCAAAUUCGCUCGUGUAGACGGGCCACCGCACCGUUCCGAGCGUUAGUCGCGGAUCUACAACCGAGCGAGACACACGUCACAAUGUCGUCUGAAUCCGUAAAUAUAGCUGAAAAACAAUUAAUAGUGGAAGUGUUAGAACUUUACAAAGGUUUUCCGUGUUUGUGGGAUUCAAGUCACGAACUUUACUGCAACAAAGAUGCCCGCAGUCAAGCGUUACAAAUAAUUUUAGAUAAAUGGAAAACGGGUUACCCGCAGGCUACUACAGAGGAAGUUAAAAAAAAACUGGAACACCUUAGAGCUGCGUAUAGACGUGAACGAAAGAAGGUGGAAUCCAGCAAAUCAACUGGAGCUGGGUUGGGAGACGUGUACACGCCGUCCCUGUGGUACUAUCCAUAUUUGACAUUUCUUCAUGAGAAGACUAUGCCGGUAUCCCAGGGAAUCGAUAAUAUACAAGGAACUCCAGAUUCAGAUAGCGAGGAACCUGUAACAAAAAAGGUAAAGAGUUCAACCAAGCGGCAAAAUGAACUGUACAAGAAACAAGAAGAACUGAUUCAGUCUGCGGCAGAAUUAAUCAAAGACAGCAACUCGCAGGACACCUCAGCCGAUGCCUUUGGACGCUCAGUGAGCUUUCAGUUGAAAGAAUUACCAAAAGUUCAAAGAUGCAUAGCCGAAAAAAUAAUUGGAGAACUACUGUUCUACGCUAAAUUAGGAGAGCUUACUUUAGAUACUUCCAUAAACUUUAAAAAAAACAUACAUACUGCCACACAAUACUCCUACUACACCCACCCUUAUAGAAGCCAUAUUUAUCCGCAUCAUGCAUUCCCGUCCUCAACGUCUCCUCAAUAUUCACAAACAUCACAGUCACCUAAAUAUUCACACACAUCAUCUGAACAAUCGCAACCAUCACAGUCUCCUCAACAUUCAAUAAACUUAAAUAAAAACUUACAUACUGGCACACAAUCCUCAUACCACACUCACCCAUAUAGAAACCAUUUAUAUCAGCAACAUUCAUUACCGUCCUCACCAUCUCCUCAAUAUAUACAACAACCAUCCCCGUCUCCUCAAUAUUCACAACCAUCACCGUCCCCUCAAUACAUACAACAACCAUCCCCGUCUCCUCAGUAUUCACAACCAUCACCGGCACCGUCCCUCAACAAUCGACACCCUCUCUACCACAAACACCGGCAGAUUCGAUUACUCUUCAUUCAGCAGACACACAUUUGAGUCAAGUUUUAUUACCAGCUGACACUCUACUUGAGUUGACCCCAAGUGGGGAAACACAACAUAAUGAGCCAGACACUAGAGGAAGUGGUAAUAUGGAUGUUUUUAGGGGCACAGGAAAACAACUUCAAGAAUUCUUGAUUUUUAAAAAAUAAUUACCUAUGUAAAUGUGUACACACAUAUGUGGCAUUAUCUAUGAAAAGGGACCUAGAUUAUGAAUACACUAAUAACUCAAUACCGACAACAAGGUCCCUACUCGUGGAUAAUGCCACAUAUUUUGAUUUUAAAUAAAAAAUAGUAUGAAUUUUGACUUAUUAUUUAUAAAUACGUACCUUCAUAUAGUUUUUAAGCACUUUACAUAUUGCGUGACAGGUCUCUGGUAUUAUCUCAGACAACAGUUGCGAUGAUAUACUUGUACCAAAUUUGAGUUCGCUGAAUUCUCUCCCUGACGCGAGAUAUUUUAAGGUUGCUAGCAAUCUCUCUUCAGCUGUCACAGCUUUUCUCAUGACUGUAUCGGUUUUAGUUAUAUAUGGUUUCACAAGUUCAAGCAAUUCACUAAAUGAAUCGGAACUCAUUCGGAGAUAUAUACGAAAAUCGUCAUCAUCAAGGUCUCUCACAAGUCGCACAUGACUGUAUGACUCUCGGUUUUUUAAAUAGAAUUUUGCCCAUUGUUUUCUUUUUUUCCUCUGCUUUUUGAUAGGUGUAAUAGCUACGACGGAUGCCACAACUAACGCGAUUUUAGUUUGUUUGGAUAAAGUCGGAGGCAUGUCGACCUCACCGUUCCGUAGCACGAAAAGCACUGGA